AUGAUCGACCCGCUCAGGCGCGUGAUCGAAUCCAAACCCUUCCUAGAGCCCUUUUGCACCGGACGGGCGUCGCGCUCGCUCGACCGCGGGCGUCACCGAGCGAGCGACGAGGACGGUGGCACCGCGAGCGCGGUGCGACGAUGGUUCGAGGGCGACUCGACGACGUCGAGCGCGAACGAUGGGGCGUCGAUCGCGUCCGGCGCGGCGGACGAAGAGGCGUUCGACGCGGUGCGGUACGCGCGGGAGGCGAUCGCGCGAUCGCGACGCGGUUCGGUGGAAUUGACGAGCGGAUCGUCUCAAACCGCUUUGGACGAAGUCGCCGCGCUCGCGGAAGGGACGCGCACGAUGGAGGGAUUGAUUCGAGAAGAGGUGAUCGCCAAGCGUGAGACGCUCGAUCGAGCCCUGAGUGGGAUGCGCGAGGCGGAGGUGACGAUGGAGACCAUUCGCGACGGCUCGAGCGCCGUCGCGGACGCCGUGCGAAGAGUGGCGACCCAACUCGGAGAACCGCACCGCGCGAUCGAGGCGGCGACGCGCACGUUGGAACGAUUGACGUCGACGGGAGAAACCUUGAGAGGUAUCGUCAAGGUGUUGAAGCUGACGAGUAAGCUUCGAGAGUGCCGCGUAGAAGAGGAUGGCUCGUUUUCGGAUUCGAGCGAGCUGAGCAAGGCGGCCAAGCUCUUGGGUGAGAUUAAGGCGACGCUGAAGAGCGCGGGCGGAGAUUUCGACGGCGUGGACGUCGUCGAAGAACAGAUGGCGUACAUUCGCGAGCGCUCGAGCGCGAUCAGUCGCGAGACGAACGCGGCGCUGGACCGCGGCAUGGAGGCCAUGUCGCAGGCCAACGUCGGCGCGGCGCUUCAGGUGCACUACAACCUGAAUGAACUGCGUGACGUCGUGGACGCUCGCGUGUCGUUUCACGCCGCUUCGGCGAUCGAUGCGGUGAAAGAUGCCAUGGACGCCGAGGCCGUCGGGCGCACCGCGGGCGCGAGCACGAGCGGCGAAGGGAGACGAGGCGGUCGACAGCUCGCGGCGCCUCCGCACGGCGCCGAGCGCGCGUGGAUGGAGGCGUUGUGGCGUCGAAUCGACGUCUCCAUGGACGCCGUGUACGACAACGCCAUGUCCGUGUGGCAUUUACAAAGAGUACUGGCUAAGAAGCGCGAUCCGCUCACGCAGACGCUAUUCAUCGAGGAAGUUGUCGGGAGGACUUCCAAUCAGGCGCUGUGCGAUCGUUUCUGGGCCGUCUUCGCCAAGGGGGUGAGCGAACACCUGUCUCGCACGCACGCCGCGGCGGGCUUCAUCGCCGGCGCGUUGCAAAAGGGGUUCCCGACUCUGAUAGGUGCCAUCGAGGGCGUCGUGAACAAGUGCGCGCGCGACGCGGAAGCCGCCAAGGGCGCGCCCGGAUGCGUUCGCAAAGAUGGCUCGACGCGCGCGCAAGUUUUACGCGCCGUGGAUCCAAUCGCAGCAGCCUUUUUCGCCCGAUCGCUCACCCGUCUCACGGAAUCGGCGAACAAUUGUUUCGUCAACGGCCGAACGAUCGAACGGACGAGCGCGGAUGCGUUUCUCUCACGCAUUCGAUACGAGAUUGACGCCGUGGCGGAUUACGAUCACUUGCUGAACAACGCGUGCGGGAACGCGAGUUCGGCGCUCAAGGCGCUCGCCGAUCGCGCCAAACGGUCAAUCGGUCGGUCGAUCGAGAAAUCGAGCGUACUGGAGGAGUCUAAUCCGACGCAGCGAUCGAACGCGCAGAUCGCGGAGCAGCUCUCGAGAGUGCACGGUUUGUUGAGCAAGGUGCUGCCGUCGUUUGCGCCCGCGCCCAGGCGCGCGCUCGAGGCUGGGCUCGAGCACGUCGCCGCGGCCGCGUUCGAGGCGACCAAACCUUUCUUCGACGCCGUUGGUGAUUGGUGCGAUGAUCGUUUCGCGGAGAUGCACGAUCGCGAUUACAAAUCCGCAACGGGAGACAAGGGCGCGCAAAACGUCAUCGCCGUCACGUCCACGAUUGCGCACGUCGCCGAAUCGUAUCCGGGUCUAUUCUCCGCUUCGCACGGCCCCUUGAUGGCGGCUCGCCUGGCGCUCGGGGAGCGAAUCGCUCGCGCGCUCAUCGUGCACGCGUCGUUGAUUCGUGAGCUCGACCAAGGUGGAAAGAUGCGUCUCGUGAAGGAAAUUACCGAAAUUGAAAACGCGCUGACGACGCACGCGGGCGUCGUCGGCGUCGAGGCGGAGUCAUCGAGCGACUUCAAAUCCAUGAAGGCGUUCAAGUCGCUCGUACUCUUACCCACGGAGAGCAUCGAGCGCUCCCCUCUCAUCGCCGACCUCUCGCCGAGAGUGCUUUUGCACCACCUAUAUUCCCGCGCCCCGAGCGAGUUGCGCACGCCGGCGAAGAGAGCGUCUCUCAACUUGAAGCAAUACGCCUCAUGGUUGUUGAAACGAGCGAGCGACGCCGAGGUUUGGCGCGGGGUCAAGGGCACGCUCGACGUGUUCGAGGAAGGACACCGCGACGCGGCUCGCGGUGACGUCGCCUUUGCCCUCAUGCGCGCCUCGGGCGAGCGCUUGGCGUCCUAG